AUGGCUUCUGCCAGGCUUCGGCGCGCGUUCCGCUAUCCAGAUGAUCUGGGAGAUGAUGAGUAUGCUCGCGAAGAGUUGGAUGAAGAAGAGCAAGAGUGCGUAAUCCAGACCCUCAAAUUACUCAAUGACAGGCGAAACUCUGAAUAUAGUAUUAUCUUCGCCGCCAUCUCCCUCUUGUCCGCGGCCAUCUAUCUUCUCCCACUACUCUCCAGUCCAUCCGCCACUAUUGACCGGUGCGUAGCCCUUGUGAGUGUACUGUCUUUGUUGGCAACCGCCCACAGCAUGCGGUAUCUACCGCAUCGACGUCACGAUAGCAAGGGCAAAAGACGCAUGGUGGACUCGAAUGGCCACACCCAAGCGCAGCAACUUCUUCCAAUCGUCAAUGCAGCGACCUGCAUAUCCUUAGUGCUAAUCCACUUUGUAUUCACAUCCCAAGAAUCGUGGUUCAGCACCGGGCUGAUUACAUCCUCGGUUCCUGGAGCAAUGUUAGCGACUGUCUGGGUCGCGAGCAGGGUCAUGUCGUCCGUUGAUAUCAAGGAUCUUGAGACUCUUCGAUACAAUUACAAAGGGGCCUAA